AUGGAACAGGUCGACGUGGCCAUUAUCGGUGCCGGAUGGCACGGGAUUGCUGCUGCAAAGACUUAUCAUGCUGCCUAUCCAUCCCAGAAAAUGGUGAUCCUAGAUGGUGCAUCCUCGGUCGGAGGCGUCUGGGCCAAGGAGCGAAUAUACCAUGGACUGAAAACCAACAAUCUAUUGGGAUCCUAUGAGUUCAGCGACUUUCCAAUGUCCGAGGAAUAUUUUGCGGUUCGACAGGGUCAGCAUAUCCCAGGAGACGUGGUGUGUGCAUACUUUGAGGCUUCUGUCAAGAAGUUUGGGCUUGGGGAUAAGCUCCGCUUGAACUGCCGGGUCGAGAGCGCUGAAUAUGCGUCCGACCGCAGGUGGACACUUAGUAUUAUCGAGGGCUCUCCAAAGGCACGGGAAAAUAUUCUCAAGACCUCUAAACUGAUUGUUGCAGCUGGCCUGACGUCUCGGCCGUUUAUGCCGCAGUUUGCCGGGGUGGAUGAUUUCAGAUCAGACUCACAUUUGUUACAUUUUCAUGAUUUUGCAUCGCAUGAAGCCGAUAUACUCGAGUACAAAACACGGGUUACUGUGCUUGGAGGUUCCAAAUCGGCCUGGGACGUUGUUUAUUCGUGUGCAACGCGGGGACUCGCUGUAGACUGGGUAAUCCGUGAAUCCGGCUACGGGCCGACGUGGAUGGCGCCAGCAUAUGUUGGGUGGCCCUUCAAGAGGAUGCUGGAAAGCUUCCCAGUGACCCGGUUCUGUUCACUAUUCAGCCCAUGCGCCUGGAACCAGGAGGCUGGUACAUUCUACACAUGGCUUCAAUCUUCAUGGCUUGGUCGUAAGAUAAUGGAUGCGUUCUGGGACAUGAUGCAACUCAGUCUCGAAAGGACCAACAGAUAUCGUGAGCAUUUGGAGACGCAAAAGCUGAGGCCGUCAGUGUCACCGUUUUGGGUGGCGACUUCUUUGGGCAUUCUCAAUUAUUCCACCGAUUUCUUUGACCUGGUUCGGGAGGGCAAGGUCAGAGUGCACAUCGCAGAUAUCGAUAGGUUGUCCAGGAAACGAGUUCACCUCUCAAACCAGGAGGAGCUGGAUGCAGACAUAUUGAUUUGCUGCACGGGAUGGGAAGAGAAGUCGGGAAUCAGGUUUCUGCCUGAGGAUAUCUCCACCAAACUUGGUUUUCCAGGAAACCCAGACGUCAUACCAAAGCACCUCCGUGAGGAGGUCAAUCAGCUCAUAAACCACCAAUUUCCGAAGCUUCGAGAGCACCCACCCUCAAAGCGAGGACAUGCCCCAGACCGGAACCCCCUCCGUCUAGCACGGUUCAUGGUUCCACCGGCUAUGUUCCCUGACAGAUCCAUCGUGUUUCUUGGGUAUGCAAUGACGCUCAACACCACGCUUCUAGCGGAAGUACAGGCUCUUUGGGCAGCGGCCUUUCUCAAUAACGAGUUUCCAGCCUCAAGUCCGCUUACGACGAUGACUAUCGCAGACUGGAUGUUGGAGACGACGAAGCAUACAGAGUUCGGCAGAUGGCGGUCUCCUCGAGCAACUGGGGGCCACCGCUAUCCGAACUUUGUCUUUGAUAUUCUACCCUACCUUGAUCUACUUUUGAGGGACCUCGGGAUCUCAACGCGCCGAAAAGCAGGUUUCUGGGCUCAUUGGAUGCAGCCUCAUGGGAUGAAUGAUUAUUGUGGCUUAUUUACGGAGUGGAGGACGGCAAUGCGGAAUACACUGGAAAAGCAGCAGACGACAUGA